ACACCUACCAACAGGUAUUCGUUCAUCCACCAGACUAUCUGUCGUGGCAGCUGCUACCAACCUCUUUCUGUAUCCUGAGCACUUCACCCGUUCCCGGUUCAGCGCAAAAGCCACAAAAGUCAAACUUUCUCUUGCCGAUCGACUCACUGCAUACACCUACCUACUUUGUCCCCUCCCCCUUCCGACCGGGAUGGCGCUCACCCAAGCCCAGCAGAUUGAGCGUCUUGUGAAGGCCUUUGGCGGCAAAAUACGUUUCGAGGAAGUUUCGCACCAAGAAGUCGAAGAAACCCCCGAGACCAUCGUCCUUGACCCUCUCGUCAUGGAUCGUCAGACCGCUGCCAAUAAAGCUGCCUUGAAGGGCAAGUCCAUCACUCAGUCGACUCUCUCCAACGCGAUUGCUCCUUACGUUGGACCACCUCUCAAGCCUUCCAAGUCCGAGAAACUGGCGCCCGCCGACUUUCACGCUCUCAUCUCGCAGAACUUCCCAGAGUUCAAUAACAUGAGGGCCGGCGAUCUCUCCGAGGAUGGCAUGGCCUUCGUCGCGUGGGACCUAGUUCAGAGAUACCCCUCGAGUUUCAUCGGCAAGACCAAUCGACCAAAGGCCCAACCUUUCUUUGAUGACAUGACCGAAGACCAGAUCUGGGACUUUUUCUAUGUCUACCACCCUCAGGCCUUGGACAGUAUGCCUUACAUCUUCGUCCCAACCAAGCAAUUCCAGCACUUCCUUAACGUGAUCAACGCUUCGAUCCAGACGAUGCUGACCAUCCCCCCUGGCAAGCCCGGCGAGAUGUUCUACAUCAACUUCGGCUCGAGCUGCACCAUCCGCCCAAAGUACAUCGCCCGCUCGGCUUCACACAACGAGUACCGUGCCCUCCGUGGGGCAAUCCCGCCCGCGGGAGUGGACGAUGCCUGCUCCAACGCCACCACCUUGGGCAAGGAAAUGCUCCUGUCCCUCCUCAACAUGCACAAUAACUACAAAGAUAUAAAGAUCAAGGGCAAGAAGAAGAAGCAGCAGAAGGCCCAGAGCCGUGACGAGUCGCUUUAUGACGCACAGCUGUACCUCGGUCUCCGCCCCAGGGCGAGCGAUGCCACCGAGAAGGAUAGGCAGAUCGCGCUGGACGAGCCGUUACUCCACGCCCGGGACCAGGAUGUCGUGUUUGUAUGCAUCGAUAUUGAGGUUGCCGAGGAGCACCACGGUACCGUUCUCGAAAUCGGACUGUCGAUAUUAGACACCAGGGACAUUUCCGGCAUCCCGCCCGGCAAGAAUGGCUGCAACUGGAUCCCGUUCAUCAGGAGUCGCCACCUCAUCACCGAUGAGCAUCGUCACAUCCGCAACCGCAAGUACAUCAAAGGCUGCCCCGAGCUCUUCAAUUUUGGUAUAAGCGAGUAUCCCAAGCUCAGCAACCUCGGCCCCUCGAUCAUUGCGGCCAUCACCGACCUCUCCGUCGCCGGCCAAGAGGGCAUCGCUGACGCCGACAGGCGGUUCCGUAACGUCGUUCUUCUCGGUCACGAUCUACGAUCCGAUAUCGGCUACCUGGAAAGAAUGAACGUGGAGUUAUGGGGCAUCGGCGGCGUCAUGAGCCGAACCCUCGACACCAAGGACAUGUACCAGGCCUGGCGCCAGGAGACACAGGGCCGCAGCUUGGCCGCGGUGCUCACUGAUCUGGGCAUACCGCACAGCAACCUUCACAAUGCGGGCAACGACGCGGCCUACACCAUGCAGGCGAUGCUUGGCCUGGCGGUUGCGGCGAGAGUUGAUAAGGGUCAGAGGAAGAACCUGAACAUGGAGGCUGAAUGAUAGUUGACUGAUGCCUGAGAAUGGGCUCUUGUGCCGAUGUCACAUAACACUAAAGGGUGACUAGAAGCAAAUAAAGUC